GGUCCCCGGUGACUUCACUGUAACGGUUCGCACUGCAGACUCCGACUGAAGCUGACUCCGUGAGGACUGGCGAGCGGCAGUGCGAGCAGCUGUUAUCGGUUCGGUUCGGUUCUGAGAAAGAGGCCCAGUUCGCCUUUUGGGGGGGAGGACCAACCGAUUAAUCCUGGAAGCGCCCGGAGAACCGCGGAUAUCCACGCAGAAAGGAUGCUUCAUGAGCGGCGGCAGGUGUGAAGAGAUGACCGGGGAGCUUCCGGCGCCCGCCGGCCGAGUGCUGCUGGUCAAGAAGAUGGUGAUGCGGGACGGAGACGCGCCCCAGCAGGGCAUCGGCCGGCCCAGCGUGUACCAUGCCGUGAUGGUCAUCUUCCUGGAGUUCUUCGCCUGGGGUCUGCUCACCACUCCCAUGCUCACGGUUCUGCAUGAAACCUUCCCGCAGCAUACGUUCCUGAUGAACGGACUCAUUCAGGGAGUGAAGGGCCUCCUGUCCUUCAUGUCUGCUCCACUGAUUGGAGCGUUAUCUGACGUUUGGGGCAGGCGCUCCUUCCUUUUGAUCACAGUCUUCUUCACCUGUGCACCCAUCCCGCUGAUGCGGCUUAGUCCCUGGUGGUACUUUGCAAUGAUCUCCAUGUCUGGGGCGUUUUCUGUCACCUUCUCCGUCAUCUUUGCGUACGUCGCUGAUGUGACAGAUGAACGAGAGAGGAGUACAGCCUAUGGUCUGGUGUCGGCUACUUUUGCGGCCAGCCUAGUAACCAGUCCAGCCAUCGGUGCGUACCUGUCGGCCUGGUACGGGGACAACCUGGUGGUCCUGCUGGCCACGCUGAUCGCUCUGGCCGACAUCUGCUUCAUCCUUCUGGCGGUCCCAGAGUCUCUGCCAGACAAGAUGAGGCCCAACACCUGGGGCGCGCCCAUUUCCUGGGAGUACGCCGACCCGUUUGCUUCUCUGAGGAAGGUGGGUCAGGAUCCCACAGUUCUGCUCAUCUGCAUCACAGUGUUCCUGUCUUACCUGCCAGAGGCCGGACAGUACUCCAGCUUCUUCCUCUACCUGAGACAGGUCAUAAACUUCUCCUCCACCACCAUUGCUGUUUUCAUUGGAGUUGUUGGCAUUUUGUCCAUCAUAGCACAGACCCUCCUUCUUACUUUACUGAUGAGAACCAUGGGUACCAAGAACACCGUUCUGUUGGGUUUGGGCUUCCAGAUUCUCCAGCUGGCCUGGUACGGCUUAGGAUCGGAACCAUGGAUGAUGUGGGCGGCUGGAGCCGUUGCAGCCAUGUCCUCCAUCACCUUCCCAGCAGUCUCUGCUCUGGUGUCACAGUCUGCUGAUGCGGAUAAACAAGGUGUUGUCCAGGGCAUGAUCACGGGGAUCAGAGGUCUCUGCAACGGCCUGGGCCCUGCUCUGUACGGCUUCAUCUUUUUCCUCUUCAACGUCAACAUCAACACCAUGGACCCCAUCCAGGGGGAAUACGACAUUGACCCCCUGCCUCUGCACAGUCCCACUGAGCGAGCGCUGAUCCCCGGGCCGCCCUUCCUGCUGGGGUCGUGCACGGUGGUCGUCGCCUUCAUCGUGGCGCUCUUCAUCCCUGAAAAGACGCCCUCCUCCCUGUCUUCGUCCGAUCUCUGUCUUAGUGACAAGCCGAACCCGGAGAGCAAGGAGCCCAUGUCCUCGCUGGCCGGCGUUCACAUCAACACCCCCCUCCCUGGCAGCGACGAGGAGAGCCCCCCCGCAGCCAGCGACGAGGACGUGGAGCCUCUGCUGCAUGACAGCUGCGUUUGAGAGGCAGGCCGCUGGCGUGAGGCCGGUUUUAGGGUUUUCUUUUACUCCGAACGCAGAGAGCCCGUAGGUUUGUUGGUGUUCUUGUGUCUCUCUGCUGCUCGGCAAGACUAAGUGUACUUUUCUAGUCUGAAGAUUGUGAUCGACACCAAACGGCUCCUCUGGACCGGUCUCUCCUCCAGAAGCUGGAAUGAACAAAGAUGUUUUGGACUGUUGGACCGAGGAGUCAAAGACUUUCAUUUCAGCAAGGGGCGGGGCCUACAGGGACACCCUCAUUUGAUUAACAAUCUGUUGGGGGGGGGUCUGACUUCACUGAGACAGGGGGACAUGUUGAGAGCACUUCUUGCUCAUGUCUGACCUCUGACCUCUGAGCGUGAUUGCGAGAAGCAGGUAGAUCUGUUUCUACCUUUGGUUAUGUACAAAGGAAACAUGUAUGCUGGCCAAAACAUCAGUGUUGAUUUCUACUCUGUGUUGUUUUUGUGAAAAUAUUUUUUGUAAGGAGGUUUUUUUUCUAUCAAAGUGUACAAUAUCUUUCUUUCUUUGAGCUAACAGAGCUUGAGCGCGUCAGGCGAACCGAAUGCUCAAGCUGAUCUCAAGAGGGUCUCGAUCUCAGCCAGCAAAUAACGCAAACCGCUCACAUAUUUGCAUAUUCAGACAUUUUUUGUAGAAGAUUAGCCAACGGAAGAACAAAGGGGCCCUGAGGGAUCCCUGAAUACUUUGAUACAAGGGAACCCCUCGCAAAAACCUUCUGGAAACUUUCCAGAAGUUUUCAUUGUUUAAAUCUGAUUUUGACUUUUAUUGUCUUUUAUGGAAGUGCUGCUGACAGAGUUUAAGGUUUCAGGAGGAAAAGGAGGCGCAGGAUGUGAUGCGAGUCUCCCUUCAGACGGUCCACCUCAUGGGUUUCCUCUAAGUGACAGACGGAGCUUUAGAAAUGAUGCCAACAGUAUGUUACUGCCACAGAGGGGAGGAAGCCGUGUUCAAAUGCACUUUUUCAUGUUGCUGUGGGACUGUUCCUAGUCAUUGGGGUUUAUGGGAUGUCUAAGUAUUGAAAUCAGAGGGAAUGGGGCCUGAAUUGAUUGGUUUUUCCCCGGGGGCGCGGCUGCUCAAACUCACCUGAACAGAGCAAACAACACAUCCCUUCACCCGUCAAUGCAGAAGCCUUUGAAACAACAACGAUGAAGAAAAAGGCCUCCGAGAGGCCUUCACCGCAGACGGUUACCUUCACCAGAGCUUUUACCGUUCCCAGCUGCUGACAGGUCCAGACAACAUUCAUGUUUCAUUCAAUCCCCGAAGGGUUUGAGUGUGUUUUGUUAACACCAAGUCAAAUAUCCUCAUUUCUCUUUGAGUGCUUGGUUAUUUUUGCAUAAGUGAAACUGGCAAAACACUGUAAAUAUUGUAGAUAAGUUGGAUGUCUGUAUGGUGAACAGGUGGGAUGUACACGGAGUUCACCGUCGCUUUGUGUCGUCUGUUGUUUCAUCUGGAAGUGUACCAGCCAGUUCUUAAUUAUUGGGUAUUAAACAGUCCAACCACA